CGUAACAGAAAUGGAGGAAAAUAAUAUUCAACAACUCUUAACACCAGGGAGAACAGUACAGCUUGACUUAGACAAUUAUUCUGCUGCAGAAAUACCGGUAUCUUCGACAAAGAACAGAAGUAGGAAUGAGACACCACGGCAUCAACCUGUUUGGUCAGGUUUGGAGUGGAAAAGCAAAUAUCGAUUCUGGGACAAUAAUGAAAUGUUCAUGUACAGUCAAAUGAAAUUGAAGUACUGGUUGGAAAAUAGAAAAGAAAAAAGUUAUGAACCUUAUCUUUCUGCACAGGAGUUAAUAGCUCGAUAUCUAAGGCCGCUAAAAUAUAGACAAAAAAAUAUUGACGACGAAUCGUCGGUUGAUACUCGAAGUAAAAGUUCAGAUCGAAGAAGCGCAGUGGUAUUAGGUCCGGAAUGGUGGACGAAAUUACCUGCUCUAUCAAACGACGAACUGUGUACGCAUUGCUGGAAAUGUGCAGCAGAACAAGUGUCAAUGAAAGAAGCGGAGAAAAACUAUACAACUGUGAUGAGUGGAAAAGUUGAAAAGGAACUGAAAGUAAUAAUACAAAAUUGGAGAAAAGAUAAAACAAUGAUGGGAUUUUUGAGUCUGUUUGGGGGAAAUUUUUACAUCAGUGAAUAUGAAAAACUGAAUGAAAGCUAAUCCCAUUAUGGAAAACAAAAUUAUCAAGUGCGAUAAAAAACUAUAACAUUCAUUUUUAUCUGUUAGCUAGGUAUGCACUAUUAUACCCAAUAUUGAAAUAAUGAGAACCCCUAGAACUCCCAUUGUAAAAUAUUUAGGUAGUUUGUGAAAGGUUUACGAGUCCAAACUUGAGUUCGAAUUUGGAAUGCUCAGAUUGGCAUUUUGUAGCAUCAUUCAAGUUGAUAACAGCGUUUUACAGAUUAGACAUUUCUACAUUUUGGCAUGAGAUAAAGACAUAUUUGUACUCUGUUCUGGAGAAGUAAGAAUGCUUAGAACUCCACACUGAUUUUCAUUGUUCUGCAACUAAAUACCGUAUUAGGCUAUGCUUAAUCACUUAUUUAAUAGAACACUA